CCGUAGGCUACGUCAUAACUAAAUUGUCAUCUCUCCCACAGCUAGCAUGCUCUAGUAGCCCAUCCGCUUAGCCACUUGUAGAGAAGCCAUGGCGUUUACUUUGUACUCUCUCAUUCAGGCAGCGGUUCUCUGUGUCAAUGCCGUCGCUGUGUUGCACGAAGAGAGAUUUCUCAGUAAAAUUGGCUGGGGAGUGGACCAGAGCGUUGGAGGUUUUGGAGAUGAACCAGGCGUCAAAGCUCAGAUGAUGAACCUUGUCCGCUCUGUGAGGACAGUCAUGAGAGUGCCACUGAUCGCAGUUAACUCGGUGUGCAUGGUGCUGCUGCUUCUGUUUGGAUGAAGUGAAGUGACGGAGGAUGUCAGAGGGAGAACAUUGUCAUCGUCUCAGGAAACGCCACUGGAAAAAUGAUUUGAUGAAUGUUGUUUCAGUUCAUUUUAUUUUAUUCUUUCUGUCUUGUAAUUUUCUGUUGUACACUGACCUGCCACUUUAUUAGGUAUACCUUGUUAGGACCAUUUUGGAAUCCCUUUGCUUUCCUAACUGCCUUAAAGCUUCUGGGCAAGGAUUCAAGCUGCUUGAAACAUUUCUUCAAAGAUUUUGGUCCAUAUUGACAUAACAGCAUCACACAGAUCACCCAUUUUGGCUCAUCACAAAGGAGCUUGAAUGCAUGCAUUGAUGCUGUAGCACAUCUGCUUCAAGGUUUUACGUGUUGUGCAUUCACCAGUGGUUCUUUUAGUCUUUCUAUCAUUUCACCAGUAGUGAUUCUCUGCACACUGGAUAUUUUCUCUUUUUCUUUAAACACUAGAAAUGCUUAUGCACGGAAAUCCCAAAAGAUCAGCAAUUUCUGAAAUGUUUUGCUGGCACCAACAACCAAAAUCACCUUUCUUCUUUUCUGAUGCUCUCCAGCAGAUUGUCAUGAUUAUGUCAGCAUGCUUAAUUGCAUGAUUUGCUACCAUUUGGUUGGCUAAUUAGAUAUUUGUAUUUAAGGAGCAGGCAGUGUACCUAAUAAAGUGACUGGUGAGUGUAUUUGGAAUGGUCACUGUCUCUAUUUGAAUAAUAUAAUUAAACAUGUAGUAAAUGUCAUUGUCAAUACAUUGUUCGUACUUUUAUUGCAAGAGAAUAAAGAGUUUUUAAAAUA